CCUUGGCGCAAGGAAUUACUGGAUUCUGCAAGCCGAAUUGUGCCACAAAUACCAAGCUCGUAUUUCGUAUAUCUCAGAGAAGGCUUCUUAAUUUACAAAACUGAAGUGCAAGUAUAUCCGUCAGAUUUAGCAAUUAAGAAUAUAACCACAUAGCAGCCAAACAUAGAUUAUUCAGUAAUCACUGAUUUUCGACAAGUCAUCUUUUCCAUUUAAACUGCCCACUGAUUUUCCUAGAAACCUUUCAUUUCCCCUCAAAAGUCAAAGCUCAAGAGAAAAUACUCUGGCAACAGCGAGCCUCAAGAAAAAUGGCAAAAGCAAAACCCAGAAAGCAGAUGCUGAGAUUUUGCUCGCUAAUGAUGGCCUUUAUUUUUGCCAUCUCGGCGUCUGUUCAAUUGAAUGACCCAGAUUGGUACUUGUGGUUUCCUCUAUAUGCUGCUGCUUGUGCCGUAAAUCUGGUCAACGGCGCAUCCAUGUACAUUAACCAAAUGAGACAAAUCGCCAGAUUGACGCUAUGGCUUGGGGGGUUCUUGCUUAUCAAGCCACUGAUUGAAGAUUUUGUGAAAGGCAUAGCUGGGUUUUGGUCCUUGGACAUGAGGGAGAGAGUGGUCAGAGAGAGAUUUGGCAGUGGAUUGGCGGUCGCUUCCAUGUCUCUACAGCUAAAAGCAUCUUCCAUGUCUAUGUUUGAAGUGAAAGUUCGACCACAUGUGGAAUAUGGAAUGGCAGUGUUGGUGGGGAUCACCUAUGGCCUUUCCUUGGCCUUCUUGAUGGUUCCACAAACCAGAAAUGAGUUUCUGAUUAAACAUAGAGAAAGGAAGGCAUACAAUCAAUUCACCCAACAUUAGGGUGGAAAAGAAAAAUAGAAAAUCUAUCCCACUGACUACUGUGACUAGCCAAAUAGGUGACCUAUAUCUCUGUUAGGGGAUAAAAGAGAGUGACCCCAAAGACUUCUAUUUUUCGUAAUGUUGCUUGAGGAAUUGUAAGGAAAAUUUAAGUAAUCUUUUAUUUAUAUUAUUACUUGAU